UCGUCUCCGCGCACGUUUAUUUGUACAUUACAAUGUAAUAAUGAUGUAAACAACGCGUCCUUGUCGAGAUCAUUUUUCGUGCGUGAGAUCGCCCCUCCCAAAAGGUUGUCGGGUCAUCGCGCGAGCGAUAUACGAAUUAUUACAGAUUAACUCCCGCAGAGAGCGAGAGAGAUCGAGCCGGUCUGUCAUUGCGUAAAGCGCGAUUGGCGGGCCAGCGCUCGUCAUUAGUCACGUUCACGUUGCUGCUGCGCCGAGAGCGAAUCGCGCCGACCACCUGUAGCAUCCCACGUUUUCGUUCGCAGCGUGUUAUCCGGAAAGUGCCGGAAAGAGCUACCGGCGGUUUCUCGUAACAGGUUUCUGUAAACAACCAAUAAUUAACGGUUAGUCGCACGAGUGUUUAUCGAGCUUACAAGUUGGACCAAGAUGACCCAGUGCACGGUUCUUGUAAUCGGGAGCGGCGGCAGGGAGCAUGCCAUUUGUUGGAAAUUGUCUCAGUCGCCGUGUGUGAAAGAGAUUUUGGUCGCCCCCGGGAACACCGGCAUUAAAGAAGUUGACAAAGUGCAAUUAAUUGAAUUAAAUGUCAAGAAUACCAAAGAAGUUGCCAAGUGGAGCAAGGACAAUAACAUUGAUUUAGUAGUAGUUGGACCAGAAGAUCCUCUGGCUCAGGGAUUAGCAGAUGAAUUGAAAGUUGUGGGAGUAAAGUGUUUCGGCCCACAGAAAAAAGCAGCUCAGAUUGAAGCCAAUAAAGAUUGGGCAAAGCAAUUUAUGGACAGAAAUUGUAUUCCUACUGCUAGGUGGCAAGGUUUUACUUCCGCUGCAGACGCAAAAAACUUUGUUAAAAGUGCUUUCUUCAAGGCACUUGUGGUGAAAGCCUCAGGUUUGGCAGCCGGUAAAGGUGUAGUAGUAGCAAAAGACCAGCACGAAGCUUGUCAGGUGAUAGAUGAAAUGUUAAAUGAUAAGAAAUUUGGAGUUGCUGGUGAGACUAUAGUUGUCGAGGAAUUGUUGGAGGGCGAAGAGGUGUCUGUACUGGCAUUUACAGAUGGCAAGACCGUCGUGCCUAUGAUGCCUGCACAGGACCACAAGAGAAUCUUUAACGGCGAUUCCGGGCCAAAUACGGGUGGAAUGGGAGCGUAUUGUCCAUGUCCACUGUUAAGUGAAACGGAUUAUGAACAGGUGAAACUAAACAUUCUUCAAAAAGCUGUUGAUGGACUUAGAAAAGAGAACAUCCCAUUUGUCGGAGUACUAUAUGCCGGUUUGAUGCUGACUCAAGACGGUCCCAAAGUCUUGGAGUUUAAUUGCAGAUUUGGAGAUCCUGAGACAGAAGUAGUAUUACCACUCUUGGCAUCAGAUCUGUUUACAAUUAUGAUGGCUUGUUGUAACGGAACAUUAAGUUCGUCUCUCGUUUCAUGGCGCGAAAACGUAUCCGCUGUCGGUGUGGUUUUAGCAUCUCGCGGCUAUCCGACAUCUUCGUCCAAGGGUCAAGUUAUAACAGGCAUUGAUGAAGUAUUGCGUAAACGGGACUACUUUGUCUUUCACUGUGGCACGGCUGUUUCAUUAGAAGGCGAAUUAGUGACCAAUGGUGGGAGAGUUCUAAUCACCGUUAGCAUAGCCCCAACCUUGGCAAUGGCAGCGGCUAAAGCUACCCAAGCUGCUCAGUAUGUAUCAUUCAGUGGGAAGCAAUUUAGAACCGACAUCGCGCAUAAAGGGAUCGCCAGAUCUAUUUUGCAAAAAGGGCAAUUAACGUACGAAAAUAGUGGCGUGAGUAUCGAUGCCGGUGAUAAAUUCAUAUCCGCUAUUAAACCAGCUACUUGCUCCACAAAACGUGCUGGCACUUUGGGCGCCAUAGGCGGAUUCGGUGGACUCUUUGAUAUAAAAGCCGCUGGUUACAAUGAUCCUAUUCUUGUGUCAGGUACCGAUGGUGUUGGUACUAAACUGAAGAUAGCAAUUGAAUGCAAGAAGCACGAAACAGUGGGCAUAGACUUGGUAGCUAUGUGCGUGAACGAUGUUCUCGCACACAACGCGGAGCCGUUGUUUUUCUUAGAUUAUUUCGCCUGUGGCAAACUCGACGUGGGAGUAGCUACGAAGGUCAUAAGCGGGAUUACCGAAGGUUGCAAGCAAGCAGGAUGUUCCUUGAUUGGCGGAGAAACGGCUGAGAUGCCAGACAUGUAUCCCGAGGGAGAAUAUGACUUGGCAGGCUUUGCAGUAGGCGCAGUCGAAAAGGGCAAUUUGUUGCCACGUGUAAAUGACGUUAAAGAGGGUGAUGUGAUAAUUGGACUUCCCUCAAGUGGCGUGCACAGUAACGGUUUUAGCAUGGUGCGAAAAGUUUUGAAACUUGCAAAUAAGAAGUACUCUGACACUGCACCUUUUUCAAAGAGCAACCGAACGAUUGGCGAAGAACUAUUGGAACCGACAAAGAUUUACGUAAAAAGCGUUAUUCCUGCCUUGCGAACCAACCUGGUGAAGGGAUUCGCGCAUAUCACUGGCGGAGGUCUUACGGAAAACAUUCCUAGAAUUUUACCGGAGAGUUUAGGUGUAACGUUAAAUGCGGAAAAAUGGAAUGUUUUACCAAUCUUUGGUUGGUUAGCAGCGAUUGGCGGAAUUAAUAAACAUGAGAUGCUAAGAACCUUUAACUGUGGAAUCGGUGCGAUUUUGAUAUGCUCCGAGAAAGACAAGGUUGAAAUUUUAGUUAAACUAAAAGACGAAAAUCCUGUAGUUAUCGGAAGCGUAAAUGCACAUUGCAAUGGUCAGACUAGAGUGCAUGUAAAGAAUUUUGAAGAAGUCCUCGAACUUGAGAUGAAACAAUACGUUCCUAACUUGGUUGCAACAUUGAGCAAGCCCCUUAAAAGAGUAGGCGUUCUGAUAUCGGGUAGUGGUACAAAUCUUCAAUCAUUAAUUAACGCUACUCAGGAUCCAUCUCAGCACAUUGGAGCGGAAAUCGUCCUGGUGAUUUCCAAUAAGCCUGGUGUCGAAGGAUUGAAACGUGCUGAAAAAGCUGGCAUUAGGACUAUGGUAAUUAAACACACCGAUUAUCCAAGCCGUGAAUCGUUUGACGCAGCCAUGAAUGUGGAACUUCACGCUGCCGGAGUUGAGAUAGUAUGUCUGGCUGGCUUUAUGCGAAUUCUUUCGGAACAAUUUGUGAAACACUGGAAAGGAGCUUUGUUGAACAUACAUCCAUCAUUGUUGCCAUCUUUCAAAGGUGCAAAUGCACACAAGGACGUUCUAGCAGCGCGUGUGCGCAUAUCGGGUUGCACCGUACACUUUGUUGAGGUUGAUAUAGAUUCGGGAGCUAUCAUUGAGCAAGAAGCAGUGCCCGUAUUAUCAGACGAUACCGAGAAAAUUUUGCAGGAACGCGUGAAGACGGCGGAACAUCGUGCUUAUCCUCGUGCCUUAAAACACCUGGCGACUGGUCGUAUAAAAUUAAAAGAAGACGGCACUCUUCAGUGGAAUUAAUUAGGGAGUUUAUAUAUACAUACAUACACACAUCGGGUUUAUAAAAUAUAGAAUAUUAUAUUUUUUUAUAUUGUUACAUCUUAAUCUCGUUAUUUAUAUAUGUAGAAACAAAUUUGUGGUAUUUAUAUCACAUAUUUUCCAUAUAUAUCUAAGUAAUUUUUUUACUAAACAAGUUACUUAUGAAAUUAAACAAGUCCUGAGA